AUAGCCCGGAAGCGGAAGCUCCUUGGGGAAACGGCAAACCACCGAGCGGGUUCCCAGGCCGGGUAGUAACCAACUCUGAGGUCUCUUGGUGGGAGGGUGGAGAGCCCGUCUUCUGCUGAGUGCUGCCGCCCCCUCCCAGGAGAGCAGAGCUGGAACUUCGUCGCGCUGCAACCCCUGGCUCGGGAUCCUGGGGCAUCUUUUGGCAGCCGAUUGCACCCUGCACUAGAGAGAAGUCCAGGAAUGAUAUAUUCUUGGGCUGUAUUUCUGUAUCCUGGAAUUCAUCCAGUUCAUCCCAGAAAUACUGACCUGGUUACUGUGACAAAGUCUGAUGGAUAGACCCUUUCUGUUGACCUUGCGGCAUUUUUCUUUCAUGUGGAAGUUGGAAGACAAGGUGAAAGGGGCCAAAAGUGACCUGCUUUGGUGAAUAGGAGUGCUCUACUUGGUUCUCAGAACAUGGGCCCUCGUUUAAAGCUGCAGCUGUGAUCCUCGGCUGUCUGUCGGCAUUGAAGGGACCUGAUGUUUUACGUUAUUGGUGGAAUCACAGUGUCUGUGGUUGCAUUCUUCUUCACAAUUAAGUUCCUCUUUGAGCUUGCCGCACGUGUAGUCAGCUUCCUCCAGAAUGAGGACCGUGAGCGCCGAGGAGACCGGACUAUUUAUGACUACGUGCGAGGAAAUUACCUGGAUCCCCGGUCUUGCAAAGUCUCCUGGGAUUGGAAGGACCCCUAUGAGGUGGGCCACAGCAUGGCCUUCCGAGUGCAUUUAUUCUAUAAGAACGGGCAGCCUUUCCCUGCACAUCGGCCUGUGGGACUAAGAGUUCACAUCUCUCAUGUUGAGCUAGCAGUGGAAAUUCCAGUGACCCAGGAAGUCCUUCAGGAGCCCAGUUCCAAUGUGGUAAAAGUGGCCUUCACUGUGCGCAAGGCUGGGCGUUAUGAAAUCACAGUGAAGCUUGGUGGAUUAAAUGUGGCAUAUAGUCCCUACUACAAAAUUUUUCAGCCUGGAAUGGUGGUUCCUUCUAAGACCAAAAUUGUGUGCCACUUUUCUACUCUUGUAUUGACCUGUGGGCAGCCGCACACUCUUCAAAUAGUACCCCGAGAUGAGUAUGAUAAUCCCACCAACAAUUCCAUGUCCUUGAGAGACGAGCACAAUUACACCUUGUCCAUUCAUGAGCUCGGCCCUCAAGAAGAAGAGAGUACUGGUGUCUCAUUUGAGAAGUCGGUGACAUCCAACAGGCAGACUUUCCAGGUGUUCUUGCGACUCACCCUGCAUUCUCGAGGCUGCUUCCAUGCCUGCAUUUCAUACCAAAAUCAGCCAAUCAAUAAUGGCGAAUUUGACAUUAUUGUCCUAAGUGAGGAUGAGAAGAAUAUCGUCGAACGCAAUGUGUCUACUUCAGGUGUGAGCAUUUACUUUGAGGCUUAUCUUUAUAAUGCUACCAACUGUAGCAGCACUCCAUGGCACCUGCCACCCAUGCACAUGACCUCUUCCCAGCGCCGGCCGUCCACUGCUGUUGACGAGGAAGAUGAAGACUCGCCCUCUGAGUGCCACACCCCUGAGAAGGUGAAGAAACCGAAGAAGGUGUACUGCUAUGUGUCACCAAAGCAAUUCUCAGUGAAGGAGUUCUACCUGAAGAUCAUCCCCUGGCGCCUUUACACCUUCCGAGUGUGUCCAGGAACAAAAUUUUCAUACCUUGGUCCUGACCCUGUCCAUAAGCUCCUCACACUGGUGGUAGAUGAUGGCAUUCAACCUCCUGUGGAGCUCAGCUGUAAGGAGAGGAACAUUCUAGCUGCCACUUUUAUCCGCUCCCUGCAUAAAAACAUAGGAGGCUCUGAGACCUUUCAGGACAAGGUGAACUUUUUCCAGCGAGAGCUUCGGCAGGUCCACAUGAAAAGACCACAUUCCAAAGUCACCCUGAAGGUCAGCAGGCAUGCCUUAUUGGAAUCGUCUCUGAAAGCCACUCGGAAUUUCUCCAUCUCCGAUUGGAGCAAGAACUUUGAGGUUGUUUUCCAGGAUGAAGAAGCUCUGGACUGGGGAGGGCCUCGCCGGGAAUGGUUUGAGCUCAUCUGCAAAGCGCUGUUUGAUACCACCAAUCAGCUCUUCACCCGGUUCAGUGACAAUAACCAAGCACUAGUGCAUCCCAACCCUAAUCGCCCCGCUCAUCUGCGCCUGAAAAUGUAUGAGUUUGCCGGACGGCUAGUGGGCAAGUGUCUCUACGAGUCCUCUCUAGGAGGAGCCUACAAGCAGUUGGUUCGAGCUCGCUUCACCCGCUCUUUCCUGGCCCAAAUCAUAGGACUGCGUAUGCAUUACAAGUACUUUGAAACAGAUGACCCAGAAUUCUACAAAUCUAAAGUUUGUUUUAUCCUCAACAAUGACAUGAGUGAGAUGGAGCUGGUCUUUGCAGAAGAGAAAUAUAAUAAAUCAGGUCAAUUGGAUAAGGUUGUAGAACUCAUGACAGGUGGAGCUCAAACUCCAGUCACCAAUGCGAAUAAAAUCUUCUAUUUAAAUUUGCUGGCCCAAUAUCGGCUGGCCAGUCAAGUGAAAGAAGAGGUGGAACAUUUCCUAAAAGGCCUGAAUGAAUUGGUCCCUGAGAACCUUUUGGCUAUUUUUGAUGAGAAUGAGCUUGAGCUUCUGAUGUGUGGGACUGGAGACAUUAGUGUGUCUGACUUCAAAGCUCAUGCAGUAGUUGUUGGUGGCUCAUGGCACUUCAGAGAAAAGGGAUCUAAUCCUAGGCUGUUUACCAUGUGUGAUCCCAGCCUUGUGCUCUCCCUGCCAGGUCAUGAGGUGGUUUUGGACUGUGGUUUCCAGUCUGACCCAGGAGGAGCUGGCUCGGCUACUUCAGUUCACAACAGGCUCCUCUCAGCUACCACCUGGAGGCUUUGCUGCCCUCUGUCCCUCAUUUCAGAUUAUUGCCGCUCCGACCCAUAGCACGCUGCCUACUGCACACACAUGUUUUAACCAGCUGUGCCUCCCUACAUAUGACUCCUAUGAAGAGGUGCACAGGAUGCUGCAGCUGGCCAUCAGCGAGGGUUGCGAGGGCUUUGGCAUGCUCUGACCGCUCUCCUGUCAUCCACUUGGCCCCAUGCUCUCUGGAGCUUCUGGGCGCAAGUUACAGACAUCAUAACCACUGAUCCUAACACACAUAACCAUCAGCCAGAAGAUGCCGCAUGCUCCCCUGUGUCUGGAGGAUUGUGUCACCUAUAAGCCUUGUCUUUACCUCACCUGCUCCCUGCCCAUACCUACCACAGGCCACUUUGGCAUGGUAUGUAAGCUGAGCUCUUCAUUCUGUCAUGAGAAGAGGACCAUGCUGCUGUCAUUUAUUUGGUCCUUUGAAGAUCUCAGUAGCUGAGGGAGAUGGCACACGGGGCUCUGCCCUGUUGGGAAACUAGUGUGGAGACCCUUAAAUCCACACUGCUCCAAAACUCCCUCUGCUGAUACUCCUUGGAGACACCCUCUUUGGCCCUCACUACUUGACCAGACUGGUACUUGGGUCCUUCUCAUGGGUGGGGUGAUUGCCUCUUCUCAUCAGGAGCCAGGAGAGAGGGACAGAUAGGAGGUGGCCCAUAGGAGCAGUCCCUCUGCACAACGGUAGGCAUAGGCCAUGGCACUGGACUGCCUCUAAUGAGGACUGAUAAAAAGAAUCUUUUUUUGUGGUGUCAGAACUGGAAAAAGCACUUUCCCUUCGGGCAUUUCUGGAAACGAUUAUUAAUCCACAAAGAACUCUCUAAGCUUUUUCUUGAAUUGUAGCCAGUGAGAAAAGCAGAUAGACUGAAGAAUAUGAAGGAUAGCUGAGCUAUAGCCUCCAGAGUGGGGCAUGCCUAGGCGUGUGGCUGGCUUGGAGACUACUGAUGCUUUUCCCUGAGUUGGUUAUUGGCACUGAAGUAUGGCCAGCUUGGGCCACUGACUUCCCAUUAUGUAGUCUGCUAAAAGCUGGGGAUUCUUUAGCGUUCUACUGAAGAAAAUUUUGUAGCAAAAGAUUAGAACAGUAAGAAUAGUAUGCCAGCAAUCCCUGAUUCUCUGUCUGCUUGGUGUUCUCUGGCAGCACUAAGACAAAGGACCAGGGACUAGGAGUUUAUGUGCUUAUCACAGGUCCUUGGGGUCAGGACACUAGGGACGAACAUGUGAUAUGUUACACAGUAAACACCUGCCAACCCCUAUACUCCCCUUUGCUCCAUUAGUUACCAGGAAGGAAAACUAAGGAGGGAGGAAGCUUAUUAGCUUCACUGUUGAAUGAUGAUUGAAGAGUACCUGCUGCUGUCUCUUGGAAGAUGACAACAUCCUUUUUCAUUACUGUUUGAUUGAGAACAAUUUCAAGAUUCAAAAUCUCAUUGACUUCCCAAAUUUGUGUUUUUAAGAAGGCUUUGCUGCAAGCUACCAUUCCCAAUGGGGCAGUCAACUCUGAGAAUAUUACAAGCCAUCCUUAUUGCCAAAACCAGCAAGUACACAGAGUCCUGAGACAAGGCAGGACUUUGGCAAUGCCUUGGCCUCCUGGAAGCAUGUCUGAGCCCUCCUAUUCCCAGGGAUCAUGAGGAACAAGCCCUCCUGAGCUGCUACAGUUCCUGCCUGACCUCACUGUUUCGCAGUCAUCAUUUGUCCUUUCUUGGCACAUGGGUGCUGACCUCACUCAUCCUUGGGGUCCGGGAUCCAGCAUCAGGGUCUCUGUACCCCAGGAUCCUCCAUGCCACAUGGUCACUGCUCUCCUCAGGGACCAGGACAAGGUGCUGCUGCUUGCCCAAAUGUUUUCCCAUGGGAUAUGUACAGGAAGGUUUAUCAUCACCCUGGGAAACAUGAUGCUGCCCCUUGGGCCCAGAAAGGGGUUUCCAGCUGGGGGCACGUGGACUGGUUCUGCUGUUUUUGGCAGUCGCUUUUCUGAAUUCUCCCCUCCGGCAGCCUUCCAGAGACUGAUCCUGGAGACUGAGUUGAUUGUCUUGGCUAGAUCUGUCAUUUUAAGCUCUAGUCAUAGCACUUUUUCAGAGCAUCUUAGGCACCAUUGCAACCCAACCAGGGCAGCUGCAUCCCUGUGGUGGUCCUUAGGCACCAGUCUUUGUUAAACAAAACGCUUUGGUACUGUUGUGGUUUUCUAUUCUUCCAGUUUACUCUCUCUGGCCGAACUCUGUUCAAAAGUAUCUUUGCUCUCAUGGGCCUUUUCUUUUACCGUUUUUUUGUUUUGUUUUGUUUUGUUUUGUUUUUUUCUAAUCCUGCUUUCAUACUAGCCAGUGUGGGGAAAAGGUACAAUAUGUCAAAGAGAUGAGAGUGUGUUAUUUCUUGGGCAAUUUUCUAUUAGUGUUUCUUAUUUUGGACAGUUAUUUUAUUUAUGUCCUUGUGACCCAGGUACUUGGGGGGCCAGCUACCCUUCUGGCCUUUUAGCGUCUUUGAAGGAGACCAGACAUGAGUGAAUACCUAGGAGAGUGUCAGCAUGUUUCUGGAAAACUGGCAGAGACCAAGCCCCGCUGCAGAUUGCUCAGGCCAGGUGAAAGGGCCAGGCAGUUGCAGCUGAUGAUGUAAAUAUUUUGUACAGUAAAUAAAUAAAUGUUUAAAAGAA